AUGGAGCCGGGCAAGGAGCCCCGGACGGCCUCGGCGGAGAAGCCCGGCGAGCCCGAGCCGCCGGUGUCCUUCCAGGCCCGGCUGUGGAAGAACCUGCAGCUGGGGGGCAAGGGCCGGAGCGGCGGCGGGCGGGCGGCAGCCGAGCGCCGCAGUGCGGAGCCCCCCGCCCCGCCGCCAGCCGCCAGCGGCAAGGGGGACCCGCCGGCCGGCGCCAAGUGGAGCGGCUUCAAGCGGCGGAAGCAAGCGCUGGACCGCGUCUUCUCGUCCUCGCAGCCCAACCUCUGCUGCUCGGCCGCCGAGCCGCUGGAGUCGGGCGGCGAGUCCGGCUCCGCCCUGCGCCGCCUGCGAGAGCACCUGCUGCCCCAGGGCAAGGGGCCGCCGCCCGGCCGCCACGACCCCGCCACCGGCGAUGAGGGGCCCAAGGGCGCCAAGGACGGGCGCCGGCCCGGGGCGCACCUGUCCCACCAGAAGAGCUCGUCGCUGCCCAGCGCCGCCUGCCUGGAGCAGCUGCUGCAAGGCUCGCCCACCGCCGGCCGGCGGAAGGAGCAGCGGGCGGAGGAGAGCGAGGGCGGCGCGAGAAAAAAUUUGACUGGAACGAGUAAUGCAGAUUUUCCCUCUGAGGAUCCCGGAAUGUACCAGUUGGAUGUUACUCUAAGAAAAGGACAGAAUCUAGCAGCCCGGGACCGUGGAGGAACUAGUGAUCCAUACGUCAAGUUCAAACUUGGAGGAAAAGAAGUGUUUAGAAGUAAAACAAUACACAAGAACCUCAACCCUGUGUGGGAAGAAAAAGCUUUAAUUCUUAUAGACAGCCUAAGAGAACCAUUGUAUAUAAAGGUUUUUGACUAUGACUUUGGACUUCAGGAUGACUUUAUUGGCUCAGCAUUUUUGGAUCUCACUUCAUUGGAAUUAAACAGGUCAACACAUGUCACUUUGAGUCUGAAAGAUCCUCAUUACCCUGACCAUGAUUUGGGAAGUAUAUUAUUGUCAGUUCUGUUGGCUCCUAGAGAAGAACAACGAGAAGCGACAAUGCUAAUGAGGAAGAGUUGGAAAAGAUCAAGUAAAUUUCAGACCCAGAGCUUACGUCUCUCAGACCUGCACAGAAAAUCUCAGCUAUGGAGAGGAAUAGUUAGUGUUACCUUAAUAGAAGGUCGUGAACUUAAGGCAAUGGAUGCAAAUGGACUAAGUGAUCCUUAUGUGAAGUUCCGGUUGGGGCAUCAGAAGUACAAGAGCAAGAUAGUGCCAAAAACUUUGAAUCCUCAGUGGAGGGAGCAGUUUGACUUUCAUCUCUAUGAAGAACAAGGUGGAAUUAUUGAUAUUACCGUGUGGGACAAAGAUGCUGGCAAAAAGGAUGAUUUUAUUGGCAGGUGCCAGAUUGACCUGUCUACCCUGAGUAAAGAACAAACCCACAAGUUGGAGGUGCCACUUGAGGAGGGAGAGGGACGUCUGGUGUUGCUGGUCACUCUUACUGCCUCAGCUGCAGUGACUAUCUCUGACCUCUCUGUCAACUCUCUGGAGGACCAGAAGGAGCGAGCGGAGAUACUGAAGAGAUAUAGUCCAAUGGCGAUGUUCGGUGACAUGAAGGAUGUGGGAUUUCUUCAGGUGAAGGUCAUCAGGGCAGAAGCAUUGAUGGCAGCUGAUGUCAUAGGUAAAAGUGACCCAUUUUGUGUAGUUGAAUUGAACAAUGACAGACUGCUGACACAUACUGUCUACAAGAACCUCAAUCCGGAGUGGAACAAAAUCUUCACAUUCAAUAUUAAAGACAUCCAUUCGGUGCUUGAAGUGACAGUUUACGACGAAGACCGCGAUCGGAGCGCUGACUUUCUAGGCAAAGUUGCUAUACCAUUGCUGUCUAUUCAAAAUGGUGAACAGAAAGCCUACGUCUUGAAAAACAAGCAGCUGACAGGGCCAACAAAGGGGGUCAUCUAUCUUGAAAUAGAUGUGAUUUUUAAUGCUGUGAAAGCCAGCAUACGAACCUUAAUGCCCAAAGAACAGAAGUACAUUGAAGAGGAAAACAGACUGUCUAAACAGCUACUGUCAAGAAACUUUAGACGGAUGAAGCGUUCUAUGAUGGUGCUCUUAAAUGCCGCCUACUACAUUAGCAGUUGCUUCAACUGGGAGUCUCCCCCAAGAAGUCUUGCUGCUUUUUUGCUUUUUCUUUUUGUGGUCUGGAACUUUGAGCUCUACAUGAUACCACUGGCUUUGUUGUUGCUGCUGGCAUGGAACUACUUCUUGAUUGUAGCAGAGAAAGAUAACAGGCAACAUGAUACAGUAGUGGAGGACAUGCUAGAGGACGAGGAAGAGGAUGACAGAGAUGACAAGGAAAGUGAAAAAAAAGGAUUUAUGGAUAGAAUUUAUGCCAUUCAAGAGGUGUGUGUCACUGUCCAGAACGCUCUUGAUGAAGUGGCUUCCUUUGGAGAAAGGAUCAAAAACACAUUCAACUGGACAGUCCCAUUCCUGAGCUGGCUGGCGAUAGUUGCCCUCUCUGUGUUCACUGUCGUUCUGUAUUUCAUUCCACUGAGAUACAUUGUCCUUGUCUGGGGCAUCAAUAAAUUUACAAAGAAGCUUCGAAGUCCGUAUGCAAUUGAUAACAAUGAGCUACUUGACUUUCUAUCCAGAGUUCCUUCAGAUGUGCAACUGAUGCAAUACCAUGAACUGAAACAAGAUCCCAGUCACAGCCCGAGCAAGAGGAAGAAAAACAAUCCUGCCUAG